UUAGAAAAUUUCAUCGUCAUGAGAUCAAGUGCGCGAGCCAAUGAUAUACCUAAGACUGGAGGCAAUUCUCCAGAUAAAGGAUCAAUUUCUGGCCGAAAAUCAAGUUUUCGCGAGUACCAAGGCAUUCUGGAUGGAAUGAAGGUAUCCUUCAACAAAAGAUGGAAAGUCAGCAAACACAAAAAGGGAAAUGAAGUCUUCGAGGACUUUGAGAGGCUGCGAACACUGGGCACUGGUGCAUUUGGAAGGGUUUUGCUGGUGAAAUACAAACCCACGUCUCAAUAUUACGCUAUGAAGAUUCUGGUGAAAGAAAAAAUUGUGAAAACAAAACAGGUUGAGCACACACUGAACGAGAAGAAAGUGUUGUACGCGAUAAAGUAUCCUUUUGUCGUCUCCAUGGAGUUCUUCUUCAUGGACAAUACAUUCGUGUACAUAGUAUUGCCAUUCGUAAACGGUGGAGAGAUGUUCACACAUCUGAGAAAAAUGGGAAAGUUCGAGGAGAAGUUGUCGCAGUUUUACGCUGCCCAAGUGACAUUGGCUUUGGAGUAUUUGCAUCACUGUGGCCUCGUUUAUCGAGAUCUCAAACCCGAGAAUAUACUUCUGGAUCAGGAUGGCUACCUCAAGCUGACGGACUUUGGUUUCUGCAAGAUGAUUGAGGGAAGGACGUGGACACUCUGCGGUACACCGGAGUAUCUGGCACCGGAAAUUAUUCUAUCCAAGGGAUAUGGAAAAUCCUGCGACUGGUGGAGCUUUGGGGUUCUCAUCUACGAGAUGAAUGCUGGAUAUGCGCCGUUUUACUCGCACGAUCCCAUGAGGAUUUACGAGAAAAUAGUCUCAGGAAAGUUCAAGUGCCCUAGCCACUUCAGUGACGAGUUGAGAGAUAUUCUCAAGCAUAUCCUUCAGGUAGACCUCACCAGACGCUAUGGAAACCUGAAGGAUGGCCCCCUGGACAUUAAACGACACUUGUGGUUUCGGAGAACAAGCUGGGAUCAUAUUUACAACCGGAAAGUUGAGCCCUCUCACGUUCCAAAGUGCAAAAGUCCUGGAGAUGACAGCAACUUUGAUCGGUACGACGAGGAGGAGAUUAUUGUUGGAUCUGUCGAUAAUUUUGCAGAGGAGUUUGCUGAUUUUUGAGUUUGUUUAUAUUUUUCUUACCUUUGAGCUGCUGAAAGUAGCGGUUGAGCGCAUCGUGACACCCCAGGACGCAGUAGAGCUCCUUCGGAGGCAACAGCU